UGCGACUGAUAUUUUUGGUUAUUGGAAUGGGUUUGUUAACAGGACCAUAGAAAGGCUUUGCCCUCGUGCAUUUAACCAUCAUAUCACCUCGCAAUCGUCGUUUAAUUAUUCCAAUAACUAGUGUUAAUAACCAAAAAUAUCAGUCGCAAUAGCUAGUGGUUAUUAUGCACUGAGUUAUGUAACUAUCACUUAACACGUGUUUAUCUCAAACAGCUGAUAGUCUGUUAAUAACAUUACAAAAAAUCGUAAGCUUAAAUUUGAAUUAACUGUUCUGUUAAUUAAAAUGAAUUUAUCAUCUGAAUUGUUAGCUUCAAAAACAAUUUUCAGUUUUUUUAUCGCUCGAGGUCAAUUAUUCAAGUUACAACAACGUCUAUCAUCAAGUGGAUCGUCCAAGACUUAUGACAUUGCAUUGGUUGGCGGAGGAAUCAUUGGAGUUUCUACAGCAAGACUUUUAUCAUUGAAAUAUCGUGAUUUUAAAAUUAUUUUACUCGAAAAGGAAAAGAAAUUAGGGGUUCAUCAAAGUGGCAGUAACAGUGGUGUUAUUCAUUCAGGAAUUUAUUAUCCUCCCGGUUCUCUCAAAGCCAAAUUAUGCGUUGAAGGAUCUAAAAAGAUUUAUAAAUACCUAAAAGAGAAGAAUAUUGACUAUCGAAGAUGCGGUAAAUUGAUUGUGGCUGUCAAGAACAAUGAACUAUUCAGACUAGAAAAACUUUACGAGCGAUCUCUUAAAAAUAAUGUUCCUGGCGUUGAAAUUAUUGGACCUGAAGGCAUGACAGCUAUUCAACCCGGAGUAAAAGGUAUCAGAGCUCUUUGGUCGCCUAAUACAGGAAUAGUUGAUUGGGGUUUAGUUACUCAAGCAUUUGCUCAGGAUUUCAAAUCUAACGGAGGUCAAGUUAAAGUUAAUUUUGAGGUUCAAGGUUUUGACAUGGUCGAAGGAGACCCACCUAAAGUCGUCAUUUCAAAUAAAUUAUCACCUGAAAAGAUAGAAGCUCGUUGGGUAAUCACAGCAGCUGGACUUUUUUCUGAUAAAGUUGCCCAAAUGACGGGCUCUCCAGUUAAUCCAAGGAUUGUACCUUUUCGAGGAGAAUAUUUGUUGCUAAAAGGAGAUAAAAAGAAUUUGAUCAAGACAAAUAUUUAUCCGGUUCCAGAUCCUCGAUUACCUUUUCUUGGACUCCACUUUACACCUCGACUUGAUGGCAAUGUUUGGCUUGGACCAAAUGCUGUUCUUGCAACAAAGCGCGAAGGUUACUCUUACAGAGACAUUGAUUUGAGGGAUAUGAUCGAUGCUUUGACUUACCCAGGUUUAAUCAAAUUGUCCCUCAAAUAUUUGAAAGAAGGAGCUCAAGAAAUUUACCGUAGUUUAAACAUUGAUGCUCAGAUCAAAAUACUCCAACAAUAUAUACCAAGCAUCAAAAAGGAGGAUGUUGUUCGUGGUCCUACUGGUGUACGAGCUCAAGCUUUGGAUGAAAAUGGUAAUUUAGUGGAAGACUUUGUCUUCGAUUCGGGAAGUGGUGCAUUCAAAGAUCACGUUCUUCAUGUUCGCAAUGCUCCUUCACCUGGAGCGACCUCAUCGCUGGCAAUCGCUGAGAUGAUUGUCCAACAAAUGGAGAAAAAGUUUUUUAAAUAACAUUAGCAUCGAAAUCCUAAUCGCCUCUCUGUUACUAUUUGUUAAAUAUAUGCCAUUAAUGAUUUCAUUAUUAUUUGUUGUUUAUAUUCUGAUUCGUUUUAUUGACCUAGUUGAUCUACCUCUUCCCUAUAUUUGAUUCGAAGUGCAUUUCAUUUUAAAUGGAAUCAAGUACAAAAUGCAAAAUCUUUUAAAUUGUAUUACAUAAACUGUAAUACAAUUACUAUUAAUUAAUGAUUACUAUUGAUUGUAAAAAUAUUAUAUAGAUACUCUUUUGUAGUUCGCGGUCCUGCGAACCUGGUGGACAAUUUUCUUUAAUAAAUUUCUAACUGCUAUGAA